UGUGAUUUGAAUUUCGAUCAGGCAACUCUUCAAUCACCUCUUGGUCUUAGUUCUUACGUAAAUUUCAUUCUAUAACUUUUAUACAAUUUUUCUUCGAAUUUAAAACGAAAAUGUUUUCUUCCGUCUGUAAAGCUGGCCAAUUGGCCACGAGGGCGGUAGUUAACAGCACGAUAGAUCGAACGCCUCUAGCUGCAGGAAUACUUGUGAACAAACGAGAAUAUGCAGCUAAGUCUUCAGCAAAGGGCCAAGGUAAGGUGGUCGCGGUUAUCGGCGCCGUAGUAGAUGUUCAGUUUGAAGACAAUCUUCCACCCAUUCUAAAUGCCCUCGAAGUUCAAAAUCGAUCUCCCAGAUUAGUUCUGGAGGUGGCGCAACAUUUAGGUGAGAAUACCGUACGUACAAUUGCUAUGGAUGGUACAGAAGGAUUAGUUCGUGGGCAACCUGUUAACGAUUCUGGUUCGCCUAUUCGGAUACCAGUGGGCGCCGAGACUCUUGGUCGCAUCAUUAAUGUUAUUGGAGAACCUAUUGAUGAACGUGGCCCUAUCCCCACAGAUAAAACAGCUGCCAUUCAUGCCGAAGCACCCGAAUUCGUAGACAUGUCUGUACAACAAGAGAUUCUUGUAACUGGCAUAAAAGUUGUUGAUUUGUUAGCUCCAUAUGCCAAAGGAGGGAAGAUUGGUCUAUUUGGUGGUGCUGGUGUGGGUAAAACAGUAUUAAUUAUGGAACUUAUUAACAAUGUGGCCAAGGCUCAUGGUGGUUAUUCCGUAUUUGCUGGAGUGGGUGAACGUACUCGGGAAGGCAAUGACUUGUACCAUGAAAUGAUUGAGUCUGGUGUAAUAUCUCUCAAAGAUAAGACAUCUAAAGUAGCAUUGGUAUAUGGUCAGAUGAAUGAACCACCUGGUGCUCGUGCUCGUGUAGCUUUAACAGGUUUGACAGUUGCAGAGUAUUUCAGAGACCAAGAAGGACAAGAUGUACUACUUUUCAUUGACAAUAUAUUCCGUUUUACCCAAGCUGGUUCAGAGGUAUCUGCUUUACUGGGUCGUAUCCCAUCAGCUGUAGGUUAUCAGCCCACAUUGGCUACUGACAUGGGUACCAUGCAAGAACGUAUCACAACCACCAAAAAGGGGUCUAUUACAUCUGUACAAGCCAUUUACGUCCCAGCCGAUGAUUUAACAGAUCCUGCCCCUGCUACCACUUUUGCUCACUUGGAUGCCACUACGGUAUUAUCCAGAGCUAUUGCUGAACUUGGUAUUUACCCAGCUGUAGAUCCUCUUGAUUCAACUUCACGUAUCAUGGAUCCUAAUAUCAUUGGCGCUGAACACUACAAUGUAGCUCGUGGUGUACAAAAGAUUCUUCAGGACUAUAAAUCUCUACAGGAUAUUAUUGCUAUUCUUGGUAUGGAUGAGCUGUCUGAGGAAGAUAAGUUAACCGUUGCUCGUGCUCGCAAAAUCCAAAGAUUCCUAUCACAACCUUUCCAAGUAGCUGAAGUAUUUACAGGACAUGCAGGAAAACUAGUACCCCUUGAAGAAACAAUUAAAGGUUUCUCUCAGAUUCUGAGAGGCGAGUAUGAUCAUUUACCAGAAGUAGCUUUCUAUAUGGUUGGACCUAUUGAAGAAGUUGUGGCAAAAGCUGAAACACUUGCAAAGAAUGCUUAAGUAGUUAAUAUUAGAUAUAGGGGAAAUGAGCUAUGUGAUUAUUAUUACAUAAUAUUUAUUACUUAUUUAAACUGCCAACCCAAAUUACUUGUGGUAUUCAUUAUGAAUUACAAAACAACAUUAAAUCGUGUAUCAAUAUAAUUUUUG